UUGUAAAUAUCAACAGUUCAGAAACAUGGAGGAGUCUGAGAAGAACAGUGAAUCUGUUUCCGUUAAAAGUGAUGUGGAUAAUGUUGGUGACAGUGGUAAAGUUUCAGCAAGAACAUCAAUUCACCGCAAAGAUUCGGUUAAAUCUUCUCAGUCGAAGCCGAGACUCAAACUGUUUAAAAAGGUGACGGAGAAAAGUCUGCAAUGGCUGGUGGAGAACGCAAGUUUCAACAGGUUUUCCCACUAUUUCCAGCCACUGUCAGAGCAAAACCCUCAGCUGACAGAAGCCAUGCAUAAACAGUUCGUCAGUCAACUACAGAUAUUAGUGCAGAAAGAAAUUGCCAGUGUGAUUGAGGAGGGAGACCUGCAGGUGAAGCUGGAAGAGUUGGAUAAACUGGAGGAGCUUGUUAAAGAUACAUCAGAACCUGCAUGGCGUCCAACUGGAAUUCCAGAGCAGGAUGUGUGUAGUGAUUUAGCGACGUAUUAUAAGAAACAGGAGGAAUACAUGUGUCUACAGCUGAAGAAACUCCAGAAGGAAAACAUAGCGCUUGAACAGAAAGUACAAGCCGGUCGAGAGACCAUCACCCAAACAGAGCAGCGCAUUUCCACAGCAGUAGAAGAAUGGAGGGCUUCUCUUGAGGAUCUGGAAGCAUUUGUCUCAACUCUUUCCUCUUCUGAAAACUUUGAGUCUCUGUGACAUCUGUGGACUAAGAAACAUUUGAAUUUGUGCCUUUGUAUGGCUUAUUUUUUUUUGUGAUACUAUCUUACUAGUAUGUGUACUCCUUUUCAUUAAACAUUCCUUGCACAAUUUUUUUUUUUUUUUUUGUAUUUGUAUCCCCUUUUUUUCCCAAUUUGGAAUGCCCAAUUCCCACUACUUAGUAGGUCCUCGUGGUGGCGUGGUCACUCACCACAAUCCAGGUGGCGGUGGACAAGCCUCAGUUGCCUCCGCUUCUGAGACCAUCAAUCAGCGCGUCUUAUCACGUGGCUCAUUGUGCAUGACACCGCGGAGACUCCCAGCAUGUGGAGGCUCAUGCUACUCUCCGCGAUCCACGCACAACUUACCACGUGCCCCAUUGAGAGCGAGAACCACUUAUCGCGACCGCGAGGAGGUUAUCCCAUGUGACUCUACCCUCCCUAGCCACCGGGCCAAUUUGGUUGCUUAGGAGACCUGGCUGGAGUCACUCAGCACGCCCUGGAUUUGAACUCGUGACUCCAGGGGUGGUAGUCAGCAUCAAUACUCGCUGAGCUACCCAGAUCCCCUUCCUUGCACGUGACAAGUGUUGUGUCAGUGUAUAUUUAUCUCUAAACUGAGGACAAAUUAAUAAAAAUACAAGUUUCUACGUCUUUGUUGUGUGAGAGAAAACCAUUGCUAUGGAUGAUUGUUACAUAAAUUAAUACAUUUACCAUGGUAACCAUAGUUUCCACCCAAAUCCCAUGAACUAAAAUGGGAUCUCCUUUAAACAGUGUAAGAACAUAUGAUUCUUUCUUCAGAAUAAUUUAGUUUCAUUUAACUUUAUUUGAUGACUAAUGUCAAGGUACCCGUUUUAUUAUAGUGACAAACACUAAA